AUGGCCUCCAGAGGAGUCUCUCUGCUCAAGUUUGUGGGCACCGUGUCCCUCGGCCUCCUGACGGGCCUAUCGUACACGCUGUCGUCCCUAACGGCCCCGGCCUUGCUCACCCUCCCGUCGGCGUCGGCCGCCUCGCGCGGCUUCGGCACCCUGGCCUCGACGGCCCGGACCCAGCUGCGCGCCCUGACCUUGGCCUCGUCCGCCUGCUUCGCCCUGGCCUUCCUGGCCUCGCCGCGCCAUGGCCGCCACCCGUAUCUGCUCUACACCUCGGUGCUGACGGGCCUGUCGGGCGCCGCCCGACGACGGCGACGACGACACCACCGUCGUCGCCUCGGCCACCGACGAGGUCAACGGAGAGGAGGUGCGCGGCGACGUCGAGAACUUUAUAAAGAAGCAGGUCGUGCGCGCCGGCGUGGCCGGCCUCGGCUUCCUGGUCGCCGUCCUCGGCAUCUGGGGCGACGGCGCCGCCCGCCCGCCCGUUUACCACUACUAGGGGCGUACAUAGAGAGCCCGCUGGAGGUGAGGGAAAUACUUUCCAGAAUGGUAGAAUAUGUGGUUAUAUUGCAUUUGCUUUCUCAUCAUCAGGGACUGGGCCACCACCACCACUCGUGGGGACAAUGUCGUUAUUGCUACUCGUGUUGGAUCCACUCCCCUCCUGCUUGAUCCCUUCCUCUGCCUUGAAAUUCAUGUGGUGGAACGACGAACAGCAGCAAACAGACGGCGACCCCUGUUUUUGUCUGCGCCUGCGGCGUCAUCCCAAGCACUUUCCACCCUGUCAGAUUGAACAGAGUCAUGGCGAACACUUUGGUAUAGACCAAAACGAUCA